CCUUCCCAAACCCAUCCAAAUCACACAUAUAUCUGCGACAAGUCUUAUCGGGAUGUCAGAGUCUCAACCGCCAUCUUCGCCGUCUUCUCCCCCCCUCUCUCCUCGAGAUCUCGCUCACGUCGACGGCGCUCUGGAGAUGCACACGAGCAAUGGUGUGGGCGUGCACACGAUUGAUCACCUUCAGGUCUACGCGCCAGGUGCUCCUCCAGCAAUGUUCGUUGCUGGAGGUCCCAUGCUUAAGCAGUUUGACCAGUCGACUGCUGGUUCAAGCAGAAUGUCGUCUCAGGCUGCAACUCCACCGAUGUCUGUAGUCGGUAUUGGGAACAAAGCGAAGAUUGUUGUAGCCACGGUUGGACUGCCUGCCCGCGGAAAGUCCUAUCUCAGCAACAAGCUCAUGCGUUACCUCAAGUGGUUAGAGUAUGAUGUCAAGGUCUUUAAUGUCGGGCAACUUCGCCGUUCACGUGCCAGACAGAAAGCUAAGACUAGUGGCAUGCGAGAGAACCAUAGCGCGGAAUACUUCAGCCACCAGAAUGAGGAAGCAACCAAGCUCCGUGACAGUCUUGCGGAAGAUAGUUUGGAGAUGCUCAUCCAGUGGUUGAAGGAUGGCGGAAACGUUGGGAUUCAUGGUAAGUCACCUUGGUAUCACGUAUUUGUGCUGAUGCAUACCUCGAGUGAAGAUGCAACGAACAGCACGCGUAGUCGGAGGGCAAAGAUCCAGGAACGGGUAGCGAAGGAGAAAGGCUUCGUCACGAUCUUCCUCGAGUCCGUCUGCGAUGACCCUGCCGUCAUCGCGGCCAACGUUGCUCUCAAAGUCAGCUCAGGUGAUCCGGACUACAAGGAUAUGUCUCCCGAGGAGGCGAAGGCGGACUUUUUGCGACGCAUCAAGGCUUAUGAACGGGUCUACGAGACGAUCACGGAGCCGCAUUUAUCGUACCUGCGCAUCAUCAAUGUCGGAAAUCAAGUGGUAAUGAACCAUAUCCGCGGAUAUUUGCAGAGUCGCAUUGCGUUCUACCUGAUGAACUUGCACCUGAAGCCGCGAAGUAUAUUCAUGUCAAGACAUGGCGAGAGCCAAUUCAACGUCGAAGGCAAGAUCGGCGGCGAUGCACUGCUGUCGGAACGAGGAUUGGCGUACGCAAAAGCGCUCCCGGCAUUGAUCACCGACAACAUCGGCGAUGCUCCAUUGACUGUUUGGACUUCUACGCUGCAACGCACAAUUCAAACAGCACUGUACCUGCCAUACAACAAGUUGACGUGGAAAUCGCUGGACGAGCUUGACGCGGGUGUCUGCGAUGCCAUGACAUACGAAGAGAUUGAACAAGCGUACCCGGAGGACUUUGCAAACCGGGAUGAGGAUAAGUUCAAUUAUCGGUAUCGAGGCGGUGAAUCAUAUCGAGACGUUGUUGUGCGUCUCGAGCCUAUCAUCAUGGAGCUCGAGAGGCAGGAGAACAUUCUGAUUAUAGGUCACCAAGCGAUUCUGCGUUGUCUAUACGCAUACUUCCACGAUUUCCCACAAGACGACUUACCGUACAUCAAGAUCCCGUUACACACCGUUAUAAAGCUCACACCAAAGGCAUAUGGUUGUGACGAGGAGAGGUACACUUUGCCGAUCGAGGCAGUCGACACGCAUCGGCCAAAGCCGCACAGCAAGUCGCAGCCUGGCGAGGUCCCGCUAUCCACUUCGAAGCGGGAGUACUUCGCCGAUCCGAACGCUUGAUCGCUUUCGAACAUGGGCCAUAGGUAUAUACCGCAUCGUGAGUAGAAGUAAUGCAUCCUUGUAGCAUAUCGACGGCAGGUAUUGGGCACGCCGCACACCGGCUAAUGAGGGUUCAUUGUC